AUGUCGGUCCCUCCUAAAUUUGCAGGGCUUAAGCUUUCAGCUAGUGCUCCCCAGGAGAGCCAGCAUACGCUGGAAUUGUAUCUUGACUAUGUUUGCCCAUUCUCUGCCAAGAUGUUCAAUACUUUUUAUGCGAUGAGUCCCCAAAUUGCGCUGCAGUAUGGUCCCCGGCUCCAGGUCUUAUUUCGGCAGCAUAUCCAGCCAUGGCACCCCUCGUCCACACUCACUCACGAAGCUGGAGUAGCGGUUCUUCGUCUGGCCCCUGAGAAGUUCUGGGAUUUUAGCGCCGCAUUGUUCAAGCACCAGACCGAAUUUUUCGAUGUGAGUGUGGUGAACGAAACCCGCAAUACCACAUACGGACGGCUGGCCAAUAUUGCCGGAUCUGUUGGCGUGGACGAGAGAAAAUUCUUGGAUUUGUUGAGGAUCCCUGAAGUACCCGACGAAGAUGGACACAUGAACGUCGGGAACCAGAUCACCAAUGAUCUCAAAUGGAUCAUCAAAACGGAUAGAGUGAUUGGGGUUCAUGUCUCUCCCACCGUCUUUUUCAAUGGAGUAGAGGAGCGAAGCAUCAGCAGCAGCUUCACGGCGGCUCAAUGGGCCGAAUGGUUGGCUCAGAAUGUGGUUUAA